AUGCCAAGCAAGAUUGUCAUCAUUGGUGCCGGCUUUGCAGGCGUCUGGAGCGCUCUCUCAGCUCAGCGUCUCAUCAACCUCAAGGGCAAGGAAAAGAAUGUCGAGAUUCUUGUCAUUUCCCCAGAGCCAUCCUUGGUCAUGCGUCCAAGACUCUACGAGGCCAACGCUGCCAGCAUGAACUACCCGCUCAGCGAUCUAUUCGGCUCUGCGGGCGUCAAGUUCUUGCAAGGAACUGUCGAUACCAUCCAGAUCGAAACACACACCGUCAAAGUCCGGACUGCUUCUGGUGGCGAGGACAGUGUGCAAUACGACCGACUCAUCCUCGCAGCGGGGAGCGCAGUCGUGAGACCUCGUGGAGUUACGGGGCUUGAGGAACAUGCAUUCGACAUUGACACUCUGACCUCGGCUACCAAACUUGAAUCCCAUCUCGAGGGUCUUACAUCGCUUCCGCCAAGCCCUGCCCGUGAUACCAUCGUCGUGUGCGGUGGCGGCUUCACUGGCAUCGAGCUUGCGGCCGAACUCCCCAAGCGGCUUAGCCAGCAUAAAGGCGCCCGUAUCAUUCUGGUUGAAAGCGCAGAUGAAGUUGGCCCGGAACUCGGACCAGGUCCGCGUCCCACCAUUCUCAAGGCCCUGAAAGACCUCAACAUCGAAAUCAAGCUCGGAUCUCGAGUCGCAGCUGUUGACUCCAAGGGCGUAACUCUGGCUUCUGGCGAGCGUAUUGAGACUUUGACGGCCAUCUGGACUGCAGGCCAGAGAGCUACGCCUCUCACGGAGCAGAUUCCCGGGGUCAAAGACUCGCUUUCUCGUCUUCAUGUUGACGAAAACCUCCGUGUUCCGUCAAGCGAGGACGUUUUCGCCACAGGAGACGCUGCUUAUGCGCUUGCCGAUACAAAGGGCCAUUAUGCCUUGAUGUCUUGCCAGCAUGCACUUGCACUCGGCCGUGUAUCGGGCCACAAUGCUGCCGCAGACCUACUCAACGAACCCAAUGUGGCAUAUUCGCAGCCUGGCUACAAUUGCUGUCUGGACCUUGGAGGCUGGGGUGCGGUGGUUUCUCGAGGCUGGGAUAGAAACGAGCAGAUUACCGGAGACCUAGCGAAACGAGGCAAGGCCUUCAUCAACCAGAAGGUCAUCUAUCCUCCCGAGAAUGUGGAAGAGGCCAUUCUUGCGGCUGACCCUGCUACUCCAACUGGGGAUGCGCAUUUUAAGAUUCUUCUUGAAGCUAUGGCCUAG